GAGGCGCUAGAACUGCUAUUCAUUACCUCACUGUACACUGCGCUUUUUGCGUUGCCGCCGACAGAGACAGGAACUUACGCAGCGCUGUUUUGUCGUCACGUCGGCAUAGAAUGGCGGCAACUCUUGGACCUACACAGGGUGCAGACUCUGAUUUAGACCCAAAUAUCGUGGAAGAAGAGACUAGGGGCACAGAUGGGGAGGAAGAAAACUCACAGCAAACGGGUGCUGUAACAGCCCCACAAAGUCGCUUGGCAAAAUUGCCCUUGUCUCGGAUAAAAGCUCUCAUGAAAGCUGACCCAGACGUCACGUUGGCUAGCCAAGAGUCUGUGUUUAUUAUCGCGAAAGCUACCGAAUUGUUUGUGGAAAUGAUAGCCAAGGAUGCACUGGUGUACGCUCAGCAGGGAAAGCGGAAGACACUGCAAAGGAAGGACCUAGACAACGCCAUCGAAGCCAUUGAUGAAUUUGCAUUUCUGGAAGGUACCUUGGAUUGAUAUGUUGAUGGACAGCAUCUGAGAACUGUCGGUUGGAUGUAGGCCCAUUGGAACAAAAUCAACCACAACAGUUUUACUGGAGUAUGUCUUGUGUUGUAUAUAUUGAAAUGUGUAUAAUGUAGCCUUUACUUUCUUUUUUUAAAUAAAUAUUGAAACUUUUAUAAAUA